AUGGUGAUGUCCAGGAAAAAUUUCCCUCAUUCAGGGUCUGCUGGUUGUGUCUUGGCCAACCGCCUGACUGAGAAUGAAAAGAAUGAUGUAGCGUUGUUGGAGGCAGGCCCUAAGGAUGAUGCGUGGACCAUCCACAUGCCAGCUGCACUGAUGUACAAUCUGUGUGAUGAUGAUUAUAAUUGGUUUUAUCAUACUGAGCCUGAAAAACAUAUGAACAACAGAGUCAUGUAUUGGCCAAGGGGUAGAGUUUGGGGUGGGUCAUCUUCUUUGAAUGCCAUGGUGUAUAUCAGAGGCCAUGCCCAUGAUUAUGACAGAUGGGAGACUGAGGGAGCUGAAGGAUGGUCAUAUGCUGAUUGUCUCCCUUACUUUAAAAAAGCACAAGCUCAUGAAUUAGGAGCAGACAAAUAUCGAGGUGGAGAUGGUCCCCUACAUGUUUCUCGAGGUAAAACUGAACAUCCAUUACAUCAUGCUUUUGUUGAGGCUGGUCAACAGGCCGGUUACCCUUUCACAUCAGAUAUGAAUGGUUAUCAGCAGGAGGGUGUUGGUUGGAUGGAUAUGACAGUACACAAGGGAAAGAGAUGGAGUACUGCAUCAGCCUAUUUGAGACCUGUUCUUUUUCGUCCCAACCUUACCACUGAGAACAAUGCCUUAGCUACCAAAAUCAUCUUUGAUGGAGACAGAGCCAUUGGAUUAGAAUAUGAACACAAUGGUCAACCUAAAACUAUUUUGGCAAGGAAGGAAGUUAUUUUGAGUGGUGGUUCCAUUAAUUCACCCCAGUUACUCCAGCUGUCUGGUAUAGGUAAUGCUGAUGAACUCAAGGCACUGGAUAUACCACUCAAACAGCACCUUCCUGGUGUGGGUGAAAAUCUACAAGACCAUUUGGAAGUGUAUAUUCAGCAGAAAUCCUUGAAGAAUAACACCUUGUAUUCUGCUCAAUGGAAAUUUCCACAUAAUAUGAUCAGAAUUGGAUUGGAAUGGUUUACCAUGAACACAGGAUAUGGUGCUACUAGUCAUUUAGAAUCUGGAGGCUUUAUUCGCAGCAAACCUGGAAUCACACAUCCUGAUAUUCAGUACCAUUUCUUACCAUCCACUGUCAAUGAUCAUGGCAGAAAAAUCGGACCUUGUCAUGCCUACCAACUUCAUGUUGGCACCCUGAGAGCCGGUAGCCGUGGUCACCUAAAAUUAAGAUCUAGAAAUCCAAAAGAUCAUCCCAAAAUAGUUGCCAAUUAUUUCUCAGAUCCAGAUGAUAUUGUUGACAUGAGAAACAGUGUCCAUCUGUCGAGAGAAAUUUUUGCCCAGAAGGCUUUUGAUGAAUUCAGGGGACCAGAAUUAGCACCUGGUGAAGGUGUCAAGUCUGACAAAGAAAUUGACGAAUUCCUAAGAAACAUGGCCGACAGUGCUUACCACCCAUCAUGCACUUGUAAAAUGGGUGGAGAAUGGGAUAGAAUGGCAGUUGUAGAUAACCAAGGUCGGGUCCAUGGUUUGAAAGGUUUACGAGUAGUUGAUGCAUCAAUUAUGCCUAGUAUUGCUAGUGGUAACCUGAACUCACCAACAAUUAUGAUUGCUGAAAAGAUUGCUGAUAGAAUUCUGGAUAAAGCACCUUUACCCAAGUCCUCAGCCCCUGUUUACAAACCACCCUCGCUAGAUAAACAAAGAUGA